AUGCUUUCUACUCUUGAAGAUCACUUCACUCGCAUUAUCAGUCCAAAGGGAUACCAAAGUUUUAGAAUUGGAAGUGAUGGAAACGUACAAGGAGUUGGACUAUUUGUGAAUACUGAACCAGAAACCGGGCAUCUGGUUUUAUUGUCCUGUGUUGAGGGUAGCCCAGCUGCUAGAGCUGGAAUACAUGUAGGAGAUGAGUUGAUUGAAAUAAAUGGAGAAAGAGUUAAGGGGAUUAGUGGUGAAGUUGCUGCACAAAAGCUUAGAGGUUAUGUUGGGACAAGUGUUACAGUCAAAGUGCACAAUGGUGGUUUGGUGAAGGCUGGACUUGAUGUUGCUCAAAUAUGCCUGGAUGGAGAUGAGACUCUAGUGAACACAAUAGAUAGAGAUGGGAACAUGCUUCCUGUUAACAUGAUCAAUGGCCAUGCUGUUACUCGUGAUCCGCUAGUUGUUCUUGUAAUGAGACAACGGCCACAUCAGAAGAAGUAUAAGCUGAGAACUGGCUGUGUUAAUGUGUCCCAUUUUCAUAAACCUGGUAACAGGGUGCACACAAAGGCUACAGCUCAAGAAACAUGUGACAGUUGGCGAAAAAGGGGAAACGAGGUUUAUAAGAGUGGAGAUUUAUCAGAAGCUGAACUGGGGAAGCAUAAAGAGGUGGUUCAACUGGAGGGGAACUUCAGUGGUGAAGAUACUGUUAGGGUUACCACCAUGAACAAGCAUGGGAAGCAUGAUUUGGAUAUUCCAGUCAUUGUCAACCCAAGAAAUGAUCCUCCAUUUAUUAAUAUCCUUGAGUUCAUCAUGUUGGAGAAUGUGACAGAAGAUGAUAUUCACUUUCCAGGUUAUAUUCACUUUCCAGUUUACAACACUGCACUUUUCAUUUAUGAUCUUACAAGAUUUGUUGUAAGUCCUUUAAUCCCAAGCCACUGA